AUGGACGUCAAAGUUAAAUUGUGCGUUAUAUUUAUGUGCAUAGCAUUCAAAAUUCAAAAUGCUUCAGCGUCAAUGUCUGAUGUUGAAGUGGUAACUGAUGACAAAAUACGGAAAUGUACUAGACAAUUAUCAACCUGUUCGGUAAAAUUUGGAGACACACUGUUGCGUGGACCAAAAGGUGAAACAGGAUUGCGCGGUGAAACUGGGCUACCAGGAGAGAAAGGAGAUAAAGGAGAUUCAGGACUUCCAGGUCCGUCAGGAUUACCCGGGCUGCAAGGUCUGAAAGGUGAAAUUGGACCAGUGGGUCCUAAAGGUGACAAAGGAGAACGCGGAGUCACUGGUAAACCAGGACCUAUAGGACCACCUGGAAUUGAAGGGAGACCUGGAAUAUGCCCUUGUAUUUUGCCAGGAAUUAAAAAAAGUAGUAUGGAAGUUGGUGAUGAUGAAUGGGAUCCUGACACACCAGUAGAAAAACCUUGUAAUGCUGCACCUAAAGAUGUCGAAAGCGGGAAUUACAAAAUGGGACCUCUAAAUAAAGAAUUUAACGUCUACUGUAACAUGACUACUUCAGAAACUUGCAUUCUUAAUAUUCCGGCAACUCCAGAAAAUAAACAUAUAUUAGUAAACCAGUCAGUCUGGUUAAGUUCCCUGGGUGUUCGUCUAAUAGAUUUUUAUAAAUUAUCAUUAGAACAAAUAACGUGGCUUCAAGAAAGAUCAGUGUCUGUUCGCCAAACAAUAAAAUAUCACUGUUUUGACUCAGUGCCUUACCCAAAAUACAAUACUUCAGCAACAUCGCUAGAGUUACUGACUUGGAACGACGUUGUAAUCGGACCAUUUGCAACUCCAAAAACGCCACUAUUUUAUACAGUGCCAAAGGAAACUGAUUUUUGUAAGGAAGGCGUUAAGGAAUGGAUGAGUUCUAUCAUAAAAAUUCAAAGUUCAUUUGUACAUAGGUUGCCUAUAACCGAUAUUUUGAUCAAAGAUAAUCGCAACGAAGAUCAAAAGUUCAAGAUUGAAGUUUUAGAAUUAUGUUUCGGAUGA